CUUUCACUGGAAAAGAGGAUUAUGGACUAACACAAGAGCCUCUCAAGUGAAAUUACUUCAGGAGGACAGAGAUCCAGAGUCCACAUUUUCUCUUCUGUGGCACAUACUUGGCUGAAUAGAGAUGGGCUGGAACAGCAGCACUUCCAUUGGCUUUGUGCUCAUCCUAGCUUUUCUAUCCAUUUUGAAAACAGCAGGUUUCUGGAACAGCAACACUUCCAUUGUUUUAGUGUUGAUCCUGGCUUUUCUCUCCAUCUUGAAAACAGCAGGUUUCUGGAACAACCGAAGUCAGAAUUUUCCUCCAGGUCCAAGACCAUUACCUAUAAUUGGAAACCUUCUUUUGUUUGACUUGAAGAGACCCUACAGGACUUAUCUACAGCUGUCCAAAAAAUAUGGUCCAGUCUUCAGUGUUCAGAUGGGGUACAGAAAAGUUGUAGUGAUUUCUGGCUAUGAGACAGUGAAGGAAGCUCUUGUAAACCAGGCAGAUGCAUUUGCAGAGAGACCUAAAAUCCCAAUCUUUGAAGAUUUAACAAAAGGAAAUGGGAUUGUUUUUGCUCACGGUGAAAACUGGAAGGUGAUGCGGAGAUUCACCCUCACAGCCUUACGAGAUUUUGGGAUGGGCAAAAAGGCCAUUGAGGAUCGGAUCGUGGAGGAGUACGGGCACCUGGCAGACACCAUCGCCUCACAGGAGGGAAAACCCGUCGAUGCCAGCAAAAUAAUUAAUGCGGCAGUUGCUAAUAUAAUUGUGUCAAUAUUGCUUGGAAAACGAUUUGACUACAAAGACUCCAGAUUUGUGAGACUUCUAAAUCUGACCAAUGAAAACAUGAGGCUUGCUGGGAAACCUUUGGUUACGACCUACAAUAUGUUCCCAUAUCUUGGAUUCCUUCUAAGGGCUAACAAGGCUCUCCUCCGAAACAGAGAUGAAUUCCACGAUUUUGUACGAGUUACUUUUAUAGAGAACCUCAAAAACCUGGACAAAAAUGACCAAAGAAGUUUUAUUGAUGCUUUCCUGGUUAAACAGCAGGAGGAGAAAUCCACUACCAAUGGGUAUUUCCAUAAUGGCAACUUGCUAAGCUUGGUGAGCAAUUUGUUUACUGCUGGUGUUGAGACAAUUUCCACCACACUAAACUGGGGCUUUCUGCUGAUGCUAAAGUACCCUAAAAUCCAGAAAAAGGUCCAGGAAGAAAUAGAACAAGUGAUAGGGUCCAACCCCCCGCGGAUCGAGCACCGAGCUCAGAUGCCAUACACAGAUGCUGUCAUCCAUGAAAUUCAGAGGUUCGCCAAUAUCCUGCCACUGGAUUUGCCUCAUGAGACUGCUGCAGAUGUCACCCUCAAAGGCUAUUUCAUUCCCAAGGGAACCUACAUCGUCCCUUUACUGACCUCAGUCCUGAAAGACGAGUCGCAGUGGGAGAAACCAGACAUGUUCUACCCUGAGCACUUCCUUGAUGCCAAUGGGAAAUUUGUGAAGAAAGAUGCUUUCAUGCCUUUUUCAGCAGGGCGGAGGAUCUGUGCUGGGGAAACUCUUGCUAAAAUGGAGCUCUUCCUCUUCUUCACCAGUCUCCUGCAGAGGUUCAACUUCCGCCCUCCACCCGGAGUUUCCAACUCAGACCUGGACCUCAGCCCUGCCAUUUCAUUUAAUGUCAUCCCCAAACCCUAUAAAAUGUGUGCUGUGGCACGUUCUUAGAGCUCUAAUCAGCAUCCAUUGUGUUUCUAAAAUGUUUAAAUCAUUUUUCCAUGACAACUCUCUUCUUAAUUCUUUGACCAAAACAAUCCAUAUUUCAAUUAAGAUUUCCAGUACUUCUAAACCAAAGUGGUGUUCUUUUGUUGUUUUUUUUUCUUUAUUGGGAGAGGGCAGAAAUGGACCAGAAGUAUGAAGUAAUUGAUGGCUCAUGGAUUAAUCUCUUAGAUCACCUGAUCUUGCCUAAAUAAUACAGACCUUCCCUUUCUUAUUCUUGCUGCCAUUUUCACCUGAGUGUUUGUUGAAAGCAUAUCCCAAAAAAAUGCUCCCAAGUCCAGGUUUCUCCCAAAAGACACAUGAACCUCGAAGCUGUGCUUAGGUUGUACAAGGAGAUGAAUGUGGGAUGUUCAGAGUUUCAGGCUGUCAGAACAUACGGGCUGUUUGACCUUGGCAGUCAGCUGGGUUUGAAGCUGGGCUGGAUAUCCUGAUGUCCCCCAGUGCCCCAGCACAGCUUCUCCCCUUGGCUCUUCUCCCUACUCCUUCCACUUCCAUAUGCAAAGAAAUCACAGUUGUGUACUUGCUGUAGGUCAC